UCCCCCCUCCUACCCUCCGGUCCUGUCUCCAGCGGGAGCGCGAGACGCUGGUCAGGCUCCGCGGCGCAGCUCGAAAAUGAAUAAUCGCCCCCAAUUGACUUAAAUUCCACCGAAGCCGGCGCCGCGGCCGCCGCCGCUGGGGAUCUGCUCGCUGUUUUUUGCUUUCUUCAUUCUUCCUAAAAAAAAAAAAGCAAAACAAAACCAGCCAGCCAGCCAACCAGGAAUCCGGUUUGUUGAUCGCCUUAUUUUUUUUUUUUCACCGUUUGCGGGAUUUGCAAACCGAGUUACAUGCAUGUCCAGUGGGGGUAGGUUUAAUUUUGACGAUGGAGGGUCCUACUGUGGAGGCUGGGAGGACGGCAAGGCGCACGGCCAUGGCGUCUGCACCGGCCCCAAGGGCCAAGGCGAAUACAGCGGCUCGUGGAGCCACGGCUUCGAGGUGCUGGGCGUCUACACCUGGCCCAGUGGCAACACGUACCAGGGCACCUGGGCGCAGGGCAAGCGCCACGGCAUCGGCCUGGAGAGCAAGGGGAAGUGGGUGUACAAGGGCGAGUGGACGCACGGAUUUAAGGGGCGCUACGGGGUGCGGGAGUGCACGGGCAACGGAGCCAAGUACGAAGGGACCUGGAGCAACGGGCUGCAGGACGGCUACGGCACCGAGACCUACUCGGAUGGCGGGACCUACCAGGGCCAGUGGGUUGGUGGCAUGCGCCAAGGCUAUGGCGUGAGGCAGAGUGUCCCCUACGGCAUGGCGGCGGUCAUCCGCUCGCCCCUGAGGACGUCCAUCAACUCUCUGCGCAGCGAGCACACCAACGGCGCGGCGCUGCACCCCGACGGGUCUCCGGCGGUGGCCGGCAGCCCGGCUGUGUCCCGGGGGGGCUUCGUGCUGGUGGCACACAGCGACUCCGAGAUCCUCAAGAGCAAGAAGAAGGGGCUGUUCCGGCGCUCGCUGCUGAGCGGGCUGAAGCUGCGCAAGUCCGAGUCCAAGAGCAGCCUGGCGAGCCAGCGCAGCAAGCAGAGCUCCUUCCGCAGCGAGGCGGGCAUGAGCACGGUCAGCUCCACGGCCAGCGACAUCCACUCCACCAUCAGCCUGGGCGAGGGCGAGGCCGAGCUGUCGGUCAUCGAGGACGACAUCGACGCCACCACCACGGAGACCUACGUGGGCGAGUGGAAGAACGACAAGCGCUCGGGCUUCGGCGUGAGCCAGCGCUCGGACGGGCUGCGCUAUGAGGGCGAGUGGGCUGGCAACCGGCGGCACGGCUACGGCUGCAUGACCUUCCCCGAUGGCACCAAAGAGGAGGGCAAGUACAAGCAGAAUGUGCUCGUGAGCGGCAAGCGCAAGAACCUCAUCCCGCUGCGCGCCAGCAAGAUCCGCGAGAAGGUGGACCGGGCUGUGGAGGCAGCUGAGCGCGCGGCCACCAUCGCCAAGCAGAAGGCGGAGAUCGCGGCCUCCAGGACCUCCCACUCGAGGGCCAAGGCCGAGGCAGCCCUCACCGCGGCCCAGAAGGCCCAGGAGGAAGCAAGGAUCGCCAGGAUCACUGCCAAAGAGUUCUCACCUUCCUUCCAGCACAGGGAAAACGGGCUCGAGUACCAGCGGCCGAAGCAUCAGCUUUCCAGUGAUGACAUCGAAGUGAUCUCCACGGGGACACCCCUGCAGCAGGAGAGCCCUGAGCUGUACCGCAAAGGCACCACCCCCUCGGACCUGACCCCCGACGACAGCCCCCUGCAGAGCUUCCCCGCUAGCCCCUCGGCCACCCCACCACUGGCCCCCGCCGUGAGGAACAAGGUCGCCCACUUCUCCCGGCAGGUCUCGGUGGACGAGGAGCGAGGCGGGGACAUCCAGAUGCUCCUGGAGGGCCGGGGAGGGGACUAUGCCCGCAACAGCCGGGGCGAGGAGAAGGCCGGGGGCUCCAGGGGUGUCCGCAGCGGCGCCCUGCGCAGCGGCCAGCCCGCAGAUGACUUCCGUGCCCGGGGCUCGGGCCACAAGCAGCCCAGUAACCCCAAGCCCCGGGAGCGGCGGACGGAGUCGCCCCCCAUGUUUUCCUGGACUUCCCACCACCGAGCCGGCAACCCCAGCCCCGGGGGCCCCAAGCUGCUGGAGCCGGAUGAGGAGAAGCUGAGCAACUACGAGAUGGAGAUGAAGCCCCUGCUGAGGGUGGACGCGUACAUGCAGGAGGCGCAUGCCCAGAAGAGACGCUACAGCAAGGGGGGCGCCUGCCGGGGCCUGGCAGAGGACCGCCGCUCCGAGGAUCGGGGCUUUGGGUCGCAGAGACUGAGGUCCAAGUCCCAGAACAAGGAGAACGUCAGGCCAGCCUCGUGCGCAGAGCCCGCAGUGCAGAGACUGGAGAGCCUGCGGCUGGGGGACAGGGCUGAGCCCCGGCUGCUGCGCUGGGACUUGACCUUCUCCCCGCCCCAGAAGUCCUUGCCUGUGGCACUGGAGUCGGACGAGGAGAAUGGGGACGAGCUCAAGUCUAGCACGGGCUCGGCUCCCAUCCUGGUGGCCAUGGUGAUCUUGCUCAACAUCGGAGUAGCCAUUUUGUUUAUUAACUUUUUCAUCUGAUGAGAUUGUCGCGUCAGCAACAACGGUUGGUGUACAAAAGGGAGACGUUACAAGAGAAGGACCGCAACUCGGACGGCCCCACAACUGCUUCCGAGUCUUUUCACAGAACAGGAUUGGGUAUUACUCACAGUUUGCCUUUUCUUCUGGGUAAUGUUUUUUGGAUUUUAGCCAAAAUUCUUUGCUUGUAUAACACUAUGCUGUGUGGCAUGGCAGAAGGAGGCCAGCACGCCGCCCCUCCAGCUUGAUGUGGAAAGAAAAGGGAUCCUGGCCAUCAAUGGCAAAAAAAUAAAACUGUCAUCGUCAUAGUCACACUCCCGUCUGGGAUGUGGAAAAGGAGGCAGCCGAGGAAGACCCUCCGGAGGGUCCUGCUGUGCCGGGCGGGUGGGGAGCAGCUGCUGUGACGCGGAAUGCAGGGUGGGUUAACCCUGCUCUUCCUCUGGGAUAUUCCAGAACUCUAUUCUGGAAUGGCAGGUGACAAGCAUGGGUGUGAGGCACGGGGAAGAGAGUGUCCCAUCCCAGCUGGCAGCAGCCUGGGCCUUUUUCUAUUUUAAAUGUGUGCUGCAUACUUAAGGGAGCAGAGGUCUGCCUUCUCUUCUCUUCCCCAUGAAACACAUCACAACCCUGCCCUCUUCUCGGCACUGCCCACGGCUUUCCUCGCAAGGCCGUCUCCCCACACUGAGUCUUAAAGCCAAGUCCUUAUUUUUCUGCUGUCCCUCCCCC